AAAUAAAUAUGUACAUGCUUUCUAUAUACCGGUAGCAUACACAAUAGGAAUUUAUCGAACUGUUAACGUAGCAGCUUUUAAUGUCGUAAUUUGACGUCGAAAUAUAAGUACCUUGAUGCAGCAGCCCCUUUAUGGCGCAGCAUAUAUAAAAGUUUCUAAUACCGAUGUGCGCGUCGGUUGUGAUAAAUAUAAUUGUAAUAAAAGAUGACGACUGAUACGAAGCACGUGGAAAGUCUUAAAAAGAAGAAAAGUGGGAUUAUUUAUUUAUCGACUAUCCCAAAAUAUAUGAACAUUACAAAAGUACGAGAAAUAUUUUCCACUUACGGAAAAGUUGGGAGAGUGUAUUUACAAUUACCUGAAAAUCUGGAGAUUGGUAAAAGGAGAAAACCUGUGAAACAUUUUACAGAAGGGUGGGUGGAAUUUGAAAGUAAAAAAGUAGCUAAAUAUGUAGCUACAGUAUUAAAUAACAAACAAAUUUCCAUGCGUAAGAAAAGUAAAUUUUUUGAUGUCAUAUGGAAUAUAAAAUACUUACCAAGAUUUAAAUGGAUUCAUUUAAGUGAACGUUUAGCAUAUGAACGAGCAGUUUACAAGCAAAGACUUCACACAGAAAUUGCACAAGCGAAAAGAGAAACCAAUUACAUUUCUUAUAACAUUGAUAGAAGUAAAAAGUUGACUAAAAAGAGAUUUGAAAGAGAAACAACAAAUUUUGUCUUACCUAAAAUCAAACAGAGGGAUACAGAUGCAGAAAUUAGAAAUAUGAAAAGAGAAACAGAGCCAAAAAGUAGAGAUGAAAUUUUGAAGUCGUUAUUUGGUUAAUCCUUCCAAGACACACACUGAGACAUUCUAAUGAACGAGUAUUUUUUGUUUUAAAAUAAAAAUUUUAAAUAAAAAGCUAAAAAUAUAUGUAUA